GGUGACCCCACAUUUGUGACCGCCCUUAUGUGGCGUGUUUGUUGCUAGCUAUACCACACAACUAUUUUGCCAUUUGCUUUGCUUCGGUGCCUGUGAGUGUUGAUAUUCCCUGCUCCGCAUGGAGCUUUCAUCUUGUUCCACUUCAAUUCGGGUUCCUGCUAUAGUUCCUAGGUGGAAUUCUUCGUAUUGCGUGAAAAUACCGUGUCAGGCAACACCUAUAAUCUCGAAUUUGUUCUUGGGAUUUUCCAGAAACUCGCAUUCCGUUGGCCUAUUCGAUAACACAAGCUGUUCUAAGCCUGUUUCAAAGAGACAACAGAGACCCAAUUCCAUCAGGGCCUGUAGUCAAGCUGGAGCUGCUGGACCUGAUCAUGCAAUUGCAGACAGAAUUUCAGCUUUCAAAGAUGCAUGUUGGAGAUUUUUACGACCCCAUACUAUACGUGGUACAGCUUUAGGUUCUGUCGCUUUGGUGGCAAGAGCUUUAGUUGAGAAUUCAAAUUUGAUAAAGUGGUCGCUUUUGCUCAAGGCAUUCUCAGGUCUUUUUGCCUUGAUAUGCGGGAAUGGCUAUAUAGUUGGCAUCAAUCAAAUUUAUGAUGUUAGUAUUGACAAGGUAAACAAACCCUAUUUACCUAUAGCUGCAGGAGAUCUUUCAGUUCAAUCUGCUUGGUUCUUGGUAAUAUUUUUUGCUGCAGCUGGCUUGUUGAUUGUUGGAUUGAACUUUGGGCCCUUUAUUUUUUCUCUUUACACUCUUGGCCUUCUUCUUGGCACCAUUUACUCUGUUCCUCCUUUUAGAAUGAAAAGGUUUCCUGUGGCAGCAUUUCUUAUUAUUGCCACGGUACGGGGUUUUCUUCUUAACUUUGGCGUGUAUUACGCUACUAGAGCUGCUCUUGGACUUACCUUUCAGUGGAGCUCUCCUGUGGUUUUCAUCACAACAUUUGUAACGUUGUUUGCGCUGGUAAUUGCCAUAACAAAAGAUCUUCCAGAUGUUGAGGGGGAUCGCAAGUAUCAGAUCUCAACCUUUGCUACUAAACUAGGAGUUCGUAAUAUUGCUUUCCUUGGUUCUGGAAUUUUGCUGAUGAACUAUAUCGUUUCCAUACUGGCAGCAAUAUAUUUACCACAGGCUUUCAGGCGCUGGCUGUUGAUACCAGCUCAUUUGUUAUUUGCAUCAAGCCUGGUUUUUCAGAUAUUUCGCACCUGCGACUCGCGUUCUCUCCGCCUCAGCUCGCGCAUAGGAAAAGAAUUAAAGAAACGAAAGGAAACGGACUUGGGUAUUAGAACAAGCUAAUUAUACCAAGGAAGGAAUUUCAGGGUUCUAUCGAUUUAUAUGGAAUCUUUUUUAUGCUGAAUAUGCCUUAUUUCCGUUCAUCUAACGAAUGCUGUACAUUUGGUGUCGGGAGAUAAGUAUGCUGGCAUUGUUAGAUAAUAUUUUGUUGUUGUAUCAAGUAAAUGUUUUUUUUUUUUUUAGCCUUUUGGUAGUUAUGAUUCACUACAACAUCUUGUAAUAAGACGUAAUGCCAUAGGAACUCUGCCCUAAGCUUAAAAUUUAUGUUGAUGCAUGCCCAAAUAUACUGAUUGGACAUAUCAGUAAUUCAUCCUAUAGAUCUUUACAAAUGGUCAUAAUACGCGUUCCUUAA